GGAAGAUGUUGGGACAGCAAAGAUGUCCGCGCUCAUUUGAAAACCUGCGGUAGCCAAAUCCAGAGUUUGGCACCUGAUUCAUGUUUUUUUUAUGUUGACACCGUUCACGACGUUGUGCUGACGCAAGACUUAAACACAGGAAACAUAAAGGACUCCACGACAAGAGCCAGACUAUUCCGUACUAUCAGAAAUAAUGCUGAUAUCUGGAACUCAUGUCGGAAGUCGUGUAUGAAGAGACAGCCACGAUGAUCGCAGCAGGGGAAUUGCAGUCGUUUGUCCCGUUCGGCCGCGAGCACUGCAGGAACCAUCCAAACGCCUUCAACCUGCAGCUCAGAGAGCUCCAGCCUGCCUCCGAGCUCUGGUCGUCAGAUGGCGCCGCCGGCCUGGUCGGGUCGCUGCAGGAAGUCAGUCUGCAGGAGAGAGAGAGGGAAUGCUGGCAGCUUAGGAAGGGCUGCAAGGGAAUCAGGGAGGAAGAUGUGGAGUUUGAAGAGGAGCUCUACACAGCAGGAACUGUGGUCGUCUGGAGCCAGGGCAGCCGGACACAAGCCUCCAACGUCUAUAAGGCCUUCACUGUCGACAGCCCGGUGCAGCAGGCCUUAUGGUGUACAUUUGCUGUUCCUCAGAACAAGAAAGAUGAAGAGGAAGUGGAGCAGACAGUCUGUAUCGUCCAGAGUAGCUGUGUCAACGUGCACACCAUAACUGGGAAGGAUUUCAUCUCACCACUACCUUUCCAGGUGUCAAAUGUCUGGGCGACAAAGUUUGGACUUUUGUUAGAACGAAAAAACACAGCGACAGACUCACAACUCCCCGGGGAAUCUCUCCCCACAGUCUUCAGCAUGCUGCAUCCUCUCGACGAGAUUGCACCAAUAGUGUGUAAACCUGCAGGUGUGUUUGAAAGCUCCCGUGUGCAGUAUGCAUCGGAUGCCACCAUGAAGAUAGUGUUCAGCUGCUGCCAGCCCUCUAUAGUUGUCUCCUAUGACACUGUACAGGGAAUACACUCUGUCUGGGCCCUGCGCAAAGUCACACAGGAUGAGCGAUUUUCAGUCCUGCGGUGUACAGCAGAUCCGGUUGGCACUCCUUUGUGUCUGAAGGCAUCGGGCUUACUGACCUCUCACCUCCGUAAUAUCUCACGCCUGGACUCCCCCGGAGGCAGUGGGGCAACCGGGCUCGGCCCAGAAAAGUAUACAAGUUGUGCCAUUGCCACCUCUCCUCUCCACUACAGCGCUCUGCACAGCCACCCGAGCAGAAUCUUGACGUCUUCACCAGGGAUACACCCCCGGGUUCAUUCCCCGAGUAUAUCCAACAUGGCUGCCCUCAGCCGGGCCCAUCCUCCAGGCAUGGCGACUCCAUCCUUUUCUGGUGCGGCUCGUUUCAACACGUCCUUCCACAGCCAGUCCCCCAGGGGGCACCACGGCCUGCUGCCCUCUGCCAACAGCACGGUCAACGAGACGCUGCUGGUGCCGGAGAUGGAGCCCAUCUUGCCCGACCUGUGCAUCGAGCAGCUGUGGAGCGAGACCGUCACAGCUGGUUGUUACAGGGAGAUGAGCAGCCAGGCAUCUAAAGUAUUUCUGACCUCUGACCUCUGUGAGAACCACUACCUCUGUUUCCUGGUGGAGUCUCACCAGCAGCUCAGAUGUGUGAAGUUUUUUGAAAGCAACAAUUCGUCUCAGCUGAUCUUCACAUCUGUCACGACGAUCCCUGCCAAAGACGCAGAGCCUCUGCAGAAUAUCGAUGCCAUGCUGGUGCUGGAGGCCUGUGGCAGUCUGGUUCUCUACACAGGAAUCACCAGGGUCAGUAAGGUGUUCGUCCCCGGCCUCCUGUCGCCCACCUUCAGCCUGACCAACCACGUGUCUCACUUCAGCUCAGCGAUGGAGAAAGUUAGCACGCCGGCUAAUGCUGGUAGCAGGCACCUCCAAAGACUGGAUGAGAGAUCAGAUGAGGUGGAGCUGCCUCCAGCAAUAGAGGAUGAGGCAGAGAGAAGCAGCAGCAGCACAGGGUUGCAGCAGGGCAUCAUGCCGUCACCAGUGUCUGAGCUGAGGGGUCCAAACAUUAAACACCACGAAGGUUCAUUUUUGGAUGAUUACAAUUUCCAACAUACCACGCCCUACAUCCAUGCGCUGCGGGACCCCGUCUGCAACCGGGUCACUUUGGAACUAAGCAGUGGCACAAUGCUGAGGAUCUCCAUCCCAGAGAUCGCUACCUCAGAGCUUGUGAGGAAAUGCCUGCAGGCCAUUCGUUUCAUCCUGCCCAAGGAAGCUGCCAUGAAGGUUUUGGUGAAGUGGUAUAACAUCUACAACGCGCCCGGGGGUCCGAGUGCUCACGCAGAGUGGAACCUGUUCGUCACCUGCUUCAUGACGCUGAUGGGCUACAACACUGAGCGCCUGGCGUGGACCCGAAACCUGCAUUUUGAAGUGCCUCUCUCUCCGGUGAUUGCUGCUAAGAAGGCUCGUCCCUCUGAUGGAGGCUCUGAAGAGGACCUGGACUACCUGUUAGGGUCUCACUACCACCGGCAGAUUAAUUCCCAACCUAUCUGCUCCAACAAUGCUCUCACUACAGAAACUAUGUCCUCUCCCUCCACUCCCUCUCUGAAGUUGGACAGUUCGGCUCCUCUCUUCCCUCACAUUCCCGCUCUUUUCUACGUCCUCCAUCUGCUCUACCAGGAGCUGCAGCUCGAUGAGCUGCAGAGAGCGAGAGCCUCAUCGCUGGUCUGUCUGCUGCAACAGCUGGCGAGAGACCUCCAGUUGGAUGAGUAUGUGGAUCUGUACUGGAGAGACUACCCCUCCUUAAUAAGUGGCUUCACUGAGAGCUGCGUCAUAGACCAGGCUCUGAUUGGUCAGAUGCAGCGUCCGUCCUUCCUGACAGAGGAGCCUCCCUGCGUGCUCAGCUGGCUCAGCAGCUGUCUGAGAGGAGAGGAAGUCCCGCCUUUCCCCUGCCUGCCCGACAUCUGCCACAGGACCCGGCUGCUGGUUCUGAGUUAUGCUCUCUACAUCAUUGGAGAUGAACAUGCUACUUCAACGGAUAAAUCAAAAUACCUGGCCAAGCUUUCUGCAGGCCAGAAGAACUGUGCCAGUGAACCGCAGUACAGGAGACAAAGCAGUGUGAAGGUUCAGUUUUCCAGUGAGAGUCUGGCUGAGCAGCUGGUGGUGUGGCUCACCUCAGAAGGUUUCACCCUGAAGGACCUGGAGUCGGUCCCCUUCGGUGUGGCUCUGCCAAUCAGAGAGGCCAUCUACCGCUGCCGGGAGCGACCGUGCUCUGAUUGGUCAGAGGAGGUCUGUCUGCUGAUUGGGCGACAGGAUCUGACUAAACAAGCACACAAGAUGACUCUGGCCAAAAGCAAAGCUUCUGUUGGUUCAGGUCUCUCCUUGGAGCCUCCUGCGACCACAGAAGCAGACGAGGAGGAAGACGGGAUGUCGGACAUUAUUCAAGAGGUCACAGGGCUGAUCUGGAGUCAGGAUCUGAGGGUCCAGGAGGUGAGGAGGCUGCUGCAGAGCUCCAGGCCGGUCCGAGUCAGUGUCGUCCAGCUACCAGAGGUCUCUGAUCACGAGUACAUAGAGGAGAAAGAGAACAAACUCCUGCAGUUGUGUCAGAGGACCAUGGCUCUUCCUGUUGGCCGAGGCCUCUUCACCCUCUUCUCUUAUCACCCUGUACUAACAGAACCUUUACCUGUCCCAAAACUCAACCUGACAGGCCGAGCCCCUCCUAGGAACACCAUGGUGGAUCUGAACAGCGGGAACAUUGAUGUUCCUCCCAACAUGACCAGCUGGCCCAGCUUCCACAACGGAGUAGCUGCCGGACUCAAAAUAGCCCCGGCUUCGCAGGUGGACUCGGCCUGGAUUGCCUACAACAAGCCAAAGAUCCCUGAGCUGGCCAAUGAGUACGCAGGCUUCCUCAUGGCCCUGGGCCUCAACGGACACCUCACCAAGCUGGCAACGCUCAACAUACAUGACUACCUCACCAAGGGUCACGAGAUGACCAGUAUUGGGCUCCUUCUGGGUGUGUCUUCAGCCAAACUGGGCACCAUGGACAUGUCAAUCACUCGCCUCCUUAGUAUUCACAUCCCUGCUCUUCUCCCACCAACCUCCACCGAGCUGGAUGUACCACACAAUGUUCAGGUUGCUGCUGUAAUCGGCAUCGGUCUGGUGUACCAGGGAACAGGACACAGACACAACGCUGAAGUCUUGCUCUCUGAGAUAGGUCGACCUCCAGGUCCAGAGAUGGAGUACUGCACUGACAGAGAGUCCUAUUCCCUCGCUGCAGGACUGGCUCUGGGCAUGGUGUGUCUGGGGCAUGGCAGUAACCUGAUCGGGAUGACAGACCUGAACGUCCCGGAGCAGCUGUAUCAGUACAUGGUGGGGGGGCACCGCAGGGCUCAGGCCGGGGCCAGCAGGGAGAGACACAAAUCCCCCAGCUACCAGAUCAAGGAGGGUGACACUAUAAAUGUAGAUGUGACGUGUCCAGGGGCAACGCUGGCCCUCGCCAUGAUCUACCUCAAGACCAACAACAGGUCCAUCGCUGAUUGGCUGAAACCUCCAGACACCUGGUUCCUGUUGGACUUCAUCAAGCCAGAGUUUCUGCUGCUGAGGACUCUUGCUCGGUGUAUUAUAAUGUGGGAUGAAAUCCUCCCAAAUACUGAGUGGGUCAAGAGUAACAUACCCCAGAUCAUGAGGGGGACCUUUGACCCUUCAGAAGACAUUAACAUGGAGACAAUGGCCCAAGCUCAGGACUACAUCACUGCCGGGGCCUGCAUGGCGUUGGGUUUGCGUUUUGCCGGCUCUGCCAACUCCGACGCCUUUGACUGCCUUUACGAGUUUGCGCGAAACUUCAUGAAGAUCAUGUCCUUUGCUGGUACAGCUGCAGUUCAGACGGGUUACUACAACCUGCAGACCGGUCUGUCCAUGAUUCUGCUGGCGAUGUCCAUGGUGAUGUCCGGCACCGGGAACCUGAAGGUCCUGCAGCUCUGUCGCUUCUUCCACAAGAGGACCGGCGGAGAGAUGAACUACGGCUUCCACAUGGCUCACCACAUGGCACUGGGCCUGCUGUUCCUGGGAGGUGGCAGGUACACCCUGAGCACCUCCAAUUCAGCCAUCGCCGCUCUGCUGUGCGCCCUGUACCCACACUUUCCUGCUCACAGCACCGACAACCGCUACCACCUGCAGGCCCUGCGGCACCUGGCUGUUCUGGCUGCAGAGCCGCGGCUGCUGGUGCCCGUGGAUGUGGACUCUCUGAAGCCCUGCUACGCCCUCUUAGAGGUCACCUACAAGGAGACAAAGUGGUACGACGAGACAACUGUAGAACUGAUGGCUCCCACCAUGCUUCCUGAGCUGCACCUCCUCAAAACGGUAAAGGUAAAGGGGCCGAGAUACUGGGAACUGUCCGUAGACCUCAGCAAGGAAACACAGCAUCUAAAGUCCAUCCUGUGCAGAGAUGGCGUGUUGUACGUGAAGCUGCGGGCUGGACAGCUGCCCUACAAGGACGACCCUCAGGGCUGGAAGAGCCUGCUGGCUUCAACCGUCAACCGCCGCAACUCUGGAGUCAGAGCGUUCAAGCCUGAAGCCAUCUCUACGUUCACCUCAGAGCCGGCCUUGGUCUCAUUUGCAGAGUUCUUCUGUAAAACAUCUGAAGAAAUAAAACAAAGAGAUGAUACUCUCGUGUUGUUCUCGGCGAUGCUGUACGAAUGUGUGACGCAGGAAUGUCCAGAGAUGCUGCCCACCUAUAUUGCUAUUGAGCAGGCGGUGGGGGCUCUGCGUCGGAGGGAUCUGCUCCAGACCUUCCCCCUGUGGCAGAUGCGUCUGGUGGUGGAGCUGUGGGACAGCCGGGUGCAGCGGGGGCCCAACAACCGCCACGACGCGCUGCUCACCUCCGAGUUCCUGCCCGUCAUGAAGAACAUGGUGGAUGUGGCACUGGACAGCUGGCUCAAAGAGAACAGCUCAGUGUUGAGGUCCUACAUGAGGGGCGAGGCCCUCCCUCAGAACGGACAGUCCAUGGCGCUGGCCUGCUUCCUGGUGUACCGCUCCAUCCCCUGCCUCAGGAACACACACACUCAGCUGGAGAGCUGCAGCUCUCUGGGAGAUGUGUUGUCUCGUAGCAGCCAGUUGAGGAUCCCUCUCAGAGAUCUACUGCGACUGGUUCCCGUCCUGCUGGGCUCUGCCUCCGGAGCAUUCCCUCUGCAAGCAUUUUGAUCCCGAUGCUCAGUACUAGUCACCUGGCUAGCUCCCUCUCACAGGUGCUCUUCGUAACCGUACGUUCCCACUGCGAGCACAGGUAGGAUCUGAUUUCUGUAACACCUGCGAGUGUGUGCAGGAAAGGGAACAACGUAACGGGUGUCCUGCCUCUGAGAUGAACUGUUUGGAAAACACAGACUUUGUUUUCUUCUCAGUCACUAAUUAGUAGAGUUUUGUAAAAUAAUGUUGCCAUUUAGUUAGUUUUUUACAGCAUGAAGACAUUAGGCUGCAGUAAUGAUGCAGCACAUGUGCCAUUUCUUUGGUACAACAAAUCCAGUACCGUGGCUUUUUUUAGAUGGGUGCCUCUUCCUCAAUGUUCCAACAGAAAACACAUUUUCUCCACCGCCAAACAAGGACAGAAAGGACCGGUCAGUACGAUGGAAGGAUUCGCCUGUAGUUGUAUUGAUGUUGCCUGUGAGCUCAGGCCACUGUGUUCUGUCAACGAGAAGGCAGGGGCUAUCAAAUAAAAAAGUACCUGCACACUUGA